GGGGCUGCGCUCUUUGCAGCGAGGCAUCGUGUCGGCUCCCAUCCCCGGCGUAUCUCCCCGUUAAAUUUGGUCAUUUUUGUUUUUUUUUUGUCUCUGGCCAUAAUUUAAAUGGAGCCUCGGGAGGGUGUGAGUGGGAAGCCGGGGCUGACGGAGAUAACCGCCGCCGCAGUGAGUGACAACACCGGCGCUGGGGGAGACGACGCCGCGGCCGCCGGCGGUGUGGUGUCUGCGGUCGGCACUGGGAAUGGCCCCGAGUGCGGUGAUGGUGGACAGGAGGAGGAGGAGGAGGAGGCUGCAGCUCCCACCGGCGGCUGCAGCAGCAGCAACAGCAACAUGGACUCUGCUGCAGUGAUGAUGAGGAGGAGGAGGACAGCGGCCCCCGGCCCGAAUCCUCUCGUCCAGGAUUACCCGCGUCACCCUCACAGGUUCGUCAGGCGGAUCGUGCCGCUGUCGGUGCCGCCGCCGGCGCCGGCCGACAGGCCAAGCCGGCUGCUGCAGAACGGGGCUGAGCCGGAGCCGCAGAGCGCGGCGGUGAGAGCUUUGCAAGGCGAAGCGGCCGCCGAAGGCUCCAGCACCGAGAGCCAAGCCGGGAAGAAAGGCAGCGCCACCGAGAGUGUCAGCGCCGAUGAAGACAAGGAAGGCAAAGCGGGCGAGAGCGCAUCCAAAGAGCCGGCGGAUAGCUCCAAAGACCUCUCCAAGUCCAAGAGUGAGGACAACGAGGAAGAAGCUGAGAUGAAAGCGGUCGCCACUUCAACCGACGGCAGAUUUCUCAAGUUUGAUAUUGAACUUGGAAGAGGCUCGUUCAAAACUGUCUACAAGGGUUUGGAUACGGAGACAUGGCUGGAGGUCGCCUGGUGUGAGCUUCAGGACAGAAAACUUGCAAAGGCAGAACGUCAACGAUUUCGAGAAGAGGCAGAAAUGCUUAAAGGACUGCAGCAUCCCAAUAUUGUUCGAUUUUAUGACUCUUGGGAAAGUACUCUGAAAGGGAAAAAAUGCAUUGUACUAGUUACUGAAUUAAUGACCUCAGGAACUUUGAAAACAUAUUUAAAAAGAUUUAAAGUGAUGAAAACAAAAGUUAUGCGAAGCUGGUGCCGGCAGAUAUUGAAAGGAUUAUAUUUUCUCCACACGAGAGCGCCACCAAUUAUUCACCGGGAUUUAAAAUGUGAUAAUAUUUUUAUUACUGGACCUACUGGAUCAGUGAAGAUAGGAGAUUUGGGUCUUGCAACUCUAAAGCGUGCCUCUUUUGCCAAAAGUGUUAUAGGUACUCCAGAGUUCAUGGCCCCAGAAAUGUAUGAGGAACACUAUGAUGAAUCUGUGGAUGUAUACGCUUUUGGAAUGUGUAUGUUAGAAAUGGCUACCUCAGAAUACCCAUACUCAGAAUGUCAGAAUGCUGCCCAGAUCUAUCGGAAAGUUACAAGUGGUGUAAAACCAGCAAGUUUUGGCAAGGUCACAGAUCCAGAAAUAAAAGAGAUCAUUGGAGAAUGCAUCUGCCAGAAUAAAGAAGAAAGGUUUGCUAUAAAAGAUCUAUUAAAUCAUGCAUUCUUUGCGGAGGAGACUGGGCUAAGGGUUGAGCUUGCUGAAGAGGAUGAUGGGAAAAAAAAUUCAAUUGCAAUGAGGCUCUGGGUUGAAGACCCCAAGAAGCUGAAGGGCAAGCCGAAAGAUAAUGGAGCUAUUGAGUUCAGUUUUGACAUAAAUAAAGAAAAUCCUGAUGAUGUUGCACAAGAAAUGAUUGACUCUGGUUUCUUUCAAGAAUGUGAUUCCAAGACUGUUGCCAAGUCGAUACGAGACAGAGUAGCCUUAAUUAAGUGGAGAAGGGAAAGGUGUCAGCAAGUAAAUGUGACUAAUGCACAAAGUGAAAAGGCAGAAUUGGAAAAACAGAAGGAUUCUUUUCAUCAAGUUGUUGGUGCACCCCAGCCAGGCCAGCAAAUCCCUUCAGAACUGGAAGAACCUGAAGUUGAUCAACACGUGCAUCAGAAUCUGCUCAUUAGUGUCACAUCUGUUAUGUCCGACAGCACUUGUGACAGUGGGCAAGGGUCAACACUUUACUCUGACUCCCAAGGAAGCCAGCAGAGCGUAGUCCACUCAUCUGUUCAUGAACCAAUCCCCCCUGGAGUACAGCAGAUCAGCAGUCCACCUCAGAGUGAGAUUCAAGCACCUUCCAUUAGCUCACAGCAACUGUUGGCUCACUACCAGCACACAUCUACACCCAACCCGAUGAUGCAUGCCCCAUCUGUUGCUUUGCCUAUACAAUCUCAGCAACUUGGGCCCCAGCAACAUUACCAGGAACCAGCAGCACUUGCUGCAAUGCACAAAGGACAACCACAACAGUUGGAUCCUUAUUUCUGCACUGCAACAUUCCAUUUUCAGAAACAGGUGCCAACAGUACAGUCUCUUGUCCAGCCUGCAUCUCUGCCACUGCCACAGUAUCAGGUCCAACAACCUCUGAUGCCAGCACAGCUAUCCCAACCUGUUACACAAUCAAAACCAUUACAGAUUUCUUCAGUACCACCUCAACUUAACCAAGCGACUCUGGAGAAUCAACUGCAACAAGAUAAGCAACAGACAGCAACAUAUGGUGGCUGUUAUGAAAAUAUAUGUUCUGAUGCUGCUUCAGGAAAAGAGAUGAGUGAUGGAUACGAAGGAAUUCACGCCAGUGGGAAACAGGAGAGCAAAAGUUCAAGGAAGCAUCACAAGAGGUCUACACGCACUCGUUCACGUCAGGAAAGGGCCAGUAAGCCAAAGCUGACUCUUCUUAAUGUGUCAAAUGUAGGAGAUAAGAUGGUGGAAUGUCAACUGGAAACUCAUAAUCACAAAAUGGUAACCUUUAUAUUUGAUUUGGAUGGUGAUGCUCCAGAUGAAAUAGCAAACUAUAUGGUAGAUAAUGAUUUUAUACUGGAAAUUGAGAAGGAGAUUUUCAUUGAACAGAUGAAAGACAUAAUGGAUAAAGCAGAGGAUAUGCUCACUGAAGAAACCGGGGUAGAAAGAGGCUCUACUCUCAAUAUAAGUUUCCAGCAAGUUGCUGGCAAGUCUGAAAUUGAGGGUCAGAUGCCAGCUUCUCAACAAUGCCAACAGAAUGUACUACAUACUGGUCGAAGGUGGUUUAUUGUUUGUCCAGUUGUGGAAAAUCUUGCAACGCAACUGCCAGAAUCUGUACCAGACAUUCCUUCAACUCAACCACAGCCAACUUCUGUUCUGGAGGCAGAAAGCGGAAUUGAUGAUGAGCAAGUGGAAUCUAUAGCAACACAGACAACUGCAAUGACUUCACUUGUUGCUAAUGAUAACACCUCUGGACAUCACAUUGCAUCUCCACCUUUGGUACCACCGCUGUCUAAUAUUACUCAUCCAACAAAUUUGCCUGUUGAAGUAACAAUGUCACCUGUUAUUUCUACACUGUCAAUCCAGAGAGAGGAUAAAACUGGAAAUGAAGCACAACCAAACAGUCACCACAUAUGUACUGCUGUUUCAAAUGGAUCAAAUGUUGCACUUCAAAGUCAACUUGCAGGUCAUGAGCAUUUAGAACUUCAAUCGAAGACUGGUCUGCUGCAGUCAGUAGAAGAACAAUCGAAUUUGGCUUUUAGCCCCCCUACAGCUGUAGACAUGCCAUGUUGUGCAGCUGUUCAGCCUCUUCCCAUCCAAUCAAUAUCUAUCCAAACAGAACAUUCACUUCCUACUCAAUAUGCUGAACCUAGUCCAAUUCACAGCCUGGUCUUGGAGCACCAGUCUGUACCACAAGCCUAUGUGCCUGAUGUUAUCCCACAAUCUGUUGUAAUGCAGCAACCUUGUGCAAACCAGGUGCAGUCAGCCAUGGGCAUUUCUGGAACAGUGAGUAAUACAGCAAUAGGUUCUCAGCCCCAGAGUCCUGCACAAGUAGUUCCAGGUGUUAACCAACAGUACGCAGCACAAGCACAAUCUCAGUCGAUUACUUUGACUGGUAUUAUUAGCAGUCAGCAACAACUUUCUCUAAUGAUUGAAUCAGAUAGUGAAGGUCCACGUAAAAUUGAAUUUGUAGAUAAUACAAUAAAGACGCUGGAUGAAAAAUUACGUACUUUAUUAUAUCAAGAACCAGGAGGGAUUCUCCCUGUAUAUCCUGCUGCAGAGUCUUCUGAAACUGCCCCCGUGGGAGAGGUGGGUUGCACUGAAGAGCUUUAUACUGAGCCUCUUGGUGAAGUCCUUAAUGCUGCGCUUUCUGUGGCUGUUUCUGUUCAUGAUGUAAAGAAUAUAGAUGCACCUAUCCAUUCUGUUUUACCAAUUACCCAAGUUCCUAUUAUGGGAUCACCGCCAAGCUUGCACACUCUACCUGCAGAGUUGCUAGAAGAAACUUCUAAUCACGUUGUUCUUGGAGAGGUUCUGUAUCAGCAUGUGACAACACCAGUAUUACCUGUAAUGGGAGACUCCAUUUUGGCUUCUAAAGUUACAGAGACUAGAUCCACUGAUAUUAACCAGAAUCAAAAGCUAAAAGUAAAAGAGUGUAUUCAAAGCUAUAUACAACCGCAGACAACAGCAUUGUCCACAGGAACAUCGAUUAUAAACAGUCAAGUUACCAUUGCUGACAUCUGUGGAGCAGGAUCAUCCGAUACAAUGCUUGUUAUGUCAUCUACAGUGGAUCAUCUUCCUCUAGCAAUAGACAGGUUUCAGGUUGUUCCAGCAUCUCAGGACAUUGUUCAUAAAAUUGACCAUUAUGCAAAAAGUGAAGCUAAGCCAAAUGAAGCACCAGAUCCACCAGGGGGAAAUUUAUUAUGUCCAUCAUUAGCAAAUGGUGAAAAUGACCCAAAGAGAGAGAAAACGGAAAAUAAGCUGCUGUCCAUUACAAGAAUCAACACUAUUGGCAGAUUUUCAGUUAUCAGUACAAAAGACGAAGUGACUUUAAAAUACCCAUGUCGCAAUAGAUAUUCUGCACCUCCUGAGCUUUAUACAAAUGAAUCUCCCACUAGUCCCGAUUUAAAGCCUUUGGUAAUUCGAACUCAAACCUCUGUUCCUGUGGAAGUUAUGCUUCUCAGUCAUCCAUCUUCAGACUCUGAUGAGCCAUUCAAUACACAACCAAACGUUAUUCAAACAUCAGUUAUUUGCAAUCAGACAAGCGCAGCUGGAGAGUUUCCUUUACCAAGAAAAUCAGCUGCUUUGUUGAAGACUGAUGGGCAGAAUACUGAGCUUGUACAUGGUCAAGCAACAGCUCCUCCAACCAUAACUAUUAAUUCUGCAUCUCCUUCCCAGUCAUCUUAUAUGAGCAGCGACAAUGACUCUGAAUUUGAAGAUGCUGACAUGAAAAAAGAACUACAGACCCUACGAGAAAAACACAUGAAAGAGAUCUCAGAACUUCAAGUUCAUCAAAGACAUGAAAUAGAGGAAUUGUACAGACGUUUAGGGAAACCUUUACCAACAGCUUUAGGAUUCUUGCAAGCUGUACCACCGACAGGUAGACGACGGAGACCCAGCAAGAACAAACUAAAAGCUUGCAAGCUACUAAAUCCAUUAGUGCAGUCACUGAAGAAUACAGCCUCCAAUAUUAGUCUUCAACCAGAUAAUUACACAAUUUCUACAGCUCAAGGUGACCCAUGUAGCUGCGAUACACCAGAACUUGCUCAAUCUCAGGCAGUGCAGACACAACAGCCCUGUUCUAUCAAGCCCUCUUUAUCCUCUGACGAUGUUUAUUCAGGCUUUAUUAGUGAUACAGCAGGUGCUGCACAAGGAGACAUUGGCCAAGGCUGGACGGUUUUCCACCAAACGUCAGAGAGAGUGACCUAUAAAUCUAGUAGCAAACCUCGUACCAGAUUCCUCAGUGGACCUGUGUCUUUGUCCAUCUGGUCUACCCUGAAACGGCUAUGUCUAGGCAAAGAUCGAAGUAGGUCUUCAAGCAGCAGUAGUACAAACCACUCAGUGCAGCAGAUUCUGCAACAGCAUCAACACCAGCCCCAACGUCAUCAGCCACCUCAACAGCAAAAUCAAACCAACAACAGUAACAACAAGAAGGGAACUUUUACAGAUGACCUGCACAAGCUUGUAGAUGAUUGGACGAAGGAAACAGUUGGAGCUGCACAGUUCAAGCCUUCUUUAAACCAAUUAAAGCAGAACCAACAUAGAUUUGAUAAGGAACCUCGGCAAAAACUGUCCCAACCUGAUGGAAUAGCUGCACCAGGGAAGACAAGAAAGUUCUCUGCUCCAGUGACAUGCCCUACGUCAGCUGCUUUAACACCAGGAAAAUCAACAGUACCAGCAGGAUUGCCAGCUGCUCCUAUCCCGGGUACAGUACCUGCUUACAUGCUGCCUCUGUGCCAGUAUGGUGGCAUGAUCCCAGCACCACUGUAUGGUGUACAAUGGCCAGUUGUCUCAGGUCCAACUUCACAGCCUGGGGCAUUCAGUACUCAAGGAAUAUCCUCAUUUCCAUCUCUUAGCAAAGGAGGCUUACAGAUGUUUCCAGUACCACUCCAAAAACCUAUUCUAAACCCAUCUGGGUCCAACAUGAGGACUACCUAGCUUUAUUGUGAAGAAUUUGAGACAAUAAGGGCAUGGGGGGAAUGUUUUUGAGAACAGUUUCAUUUAACUGCUUUCUUUGUAAAGACAAAAUUAAAUAUACUUGAUUGUAGCUGAAUACUAUUGGCAGCCAGAGUGGGCUUGCUAAUGCACAUAGCCAUACAUUGCAAUGAGCAAUCACUGUGAAAUAUUUUCACAAAGCGUUGCUGAAAGCUAGUUAGUUCUUGGGCGAUAGUUGCAUUUGUCUUGCAAUUCAGACACUUUAUAUUUUGCUUUGUACAUUUAACACUAGUAACCUUAAAACUAAGUUUAAUUAACUUGAAUAGAUAUUGAGAUAAAUUUAAUAACCCUGCAGGAGUACAGUGCCUUGAAUUAUGCUUUUCAGUUUCCACUGGAAAGAAAUAUUUAGAAGGUUUUUUAAGUUUCUGCUGUGGUCUGUUGGACACGUUUUAGUUUAGUUUGAAAGGCCUGAAGGUUUACAAGAUGUCUGUUACUGGUAAUUUAGCUACAUGCACAUGAACAAUGAAUAUUUAUAUCUGUUGCUUUACUGUCUUUGUCACAUGAAAGUAACUAAAUUAAUGCUGCUAGAAUUGUCUCCCUUUAUCCAGGGGCUGAAUAUCACACAUUCAAAAUGAUUUAGCUGCUGCUCAAUCCACUUGCUUCUGUAGGGAUAACUUAAGAGUAAUUCUGAUUCUAAAUUUGUUUAGGAGAAAAAUAAAAAUGUGACCUUUAUCUGCUAAGUUUAAGUAAUCUGCACUUAAGUUCACUCAAGUUGUGGUAUUGUUUUAGAGGAGCAUUGAACUUUGUUUGAAUUGCUGAUUUACCAACAGUAUUAACACUACACAGCAAUCUGUCAUGUCUUUUAAUAUGAUCUUAUGCUUUUCAAAGAUAUGAACCCUUUUUAUUUAUGUAUUCUUAACCAUGAAUGGAUUUGGCUGAAAUGAUUAUUUAUCAGAAGGUCUGUUUGUAGUUGGGAUAUUACUGGAUGAUUUUUGUUUGUUUAGUUAAACUAUAACUUAUUCAGCUUAUAGGUUGCUUUAUUUUUGAACAUAAUCUGUGUUGAUGGCAGAGGGGAAACAAACCUUAACUGUUGUAUUGUUAAGCCUGAUACAGAACUUGAAUUGAUAAAACACCUAGUGGAAUGCUUUGGGGGAAGAAAGACAGAUGAGGGUUGGAUGCGACACAUUACAAAGUCAGUCUUGAAGGCACACUGAUCUGAUUUCUUUCUUGCAAUGUUUUAUAGUACACGCUGAAAGGCAGAGAUGUCUUGUGCUGCCAAGCUGUGAAGAAUUGUAUUGUUACUGUACUUCUGAUUGUUAAUGUCUAAAUUAUUUUGUUUAUACCCUUUAAUAUUCCAUCAAUUCAGUUAGAAUUGGAAUUUUAUAGAACAUUGUGCAGAGUCUUCUGCCUUGGCAAAAUACUUCCCGUAGUAAGAGAUUUCUGUUCUCUGUUAUUUGUAUCUUGCAUUUAUUUGUUUAUAUUUAUGUCUGUAUGCUUCAUGAGCAAAAAUGGAAAAUCUAACCUAAAAUCAGACAUCUAAUGCUUGCACUAAGAACAGUUGGAUUGCUUUGCCUGUUAAAUAGUUGACUUUUGUUUUACUGACAUGGUCAGUGGCAUUCAAAUCACAGGUUGUAACUGUUUAAAGAUAUAAAUAAAACAUAUUUUGUGCUUGA